ACUUGCCGACGUCGAAAGAAGAAAUGCGAUGAGGCAAGGCCAGGCUGCCAGAACUGCGCGAAGAACAACAUCAUCUGUGGCGGGUAUGAGAUGAGGAAGCCUUGGAAGAAAGGAGCUCGCAGCAAGAACUCUGCUGACAAGUCGAAUGUAGCUGCGGUCAUUCCUGAACUUCCACACAUCAUCAGCGCGAUAGACGAUCCUCUGGACUCACAGCUACUCUCGUACUUCAUCACACAUGCCUGUCAAGCCUUGAACAUAUACUCCGAAACACACAAUCCAUUCGAUGGAUUCGUGGUUGACAUGGCGUUGGCGAACCCAGGCCUUAUGCACUCCUUGCUCUGCCUCUCCGCAUCUUGCCUCCUCGUUCACCAACCGACGUCGGCACAAGAGAUUGUUGUUCGACAUAGCCACCACUUUGACCAGGCUGUUGUUACACUUCGAAAGGGCGUCGAAGCCUACAGCUCCAACAGUUCGACACAGAACGCAGACUGCAUCGUGCUGCAAACCAUCAUACUCGCGCACGAAGCGAUCGUCACAGGAGAGACAAAUGGCAGUUAUCGAUGUCACCUGUCAGCAGCUUCGGGACUCGUCAACAGUUGUGCGAAUCUGAGCGCAGACGUGCAGAGUUUUGCUCGUCAGUUCUUGAUGUACCACAACCUUGCCAACACAAUCUCAUGCCUUGAUCCUGUCAAUCAAGUCAUGAGGUCAUCUGUGCAAGCGAACGGAAAUGAAACUGUGGAGCAAGACGCAUUUUCGGAGGGCUGCGUCGACGGAAUAUUGCAUGGUCUUCUAGAACCCAUGGCAUGCACACGACAAAUACGGGAUGGAGUACGCUUUUACCGCAACACCAGCGACUCGAGAUGGUUCAAGAAUGAACAGCUCCUCAGCUUAGCACUUGGAGUUGAAACACGGCUACGAACAUGGCAAUCUCGAUUCGUGACAAAAACACCACAGUACUGGACAUCACUGGUGUACCGGCAAAGCGCUUAUGUAUAUCUCUAUCGGACCAUCAAGCCAUCGACACCGAGUGCAGUAUUGGCACAGUGUCUGUCAGACGGGCUGUCGUAUGCAUCGCUUGCACUGCGGGACAUCAUGAGGAACAAUAACAGCAUCCACAGCUGGAUCUGUGGCGUGCUACUCCCACCACUAUUCUUACUCGGAUGUGCAGCCUUCGAUCCAAUACACAGACAAGCCUUACUCGAUAUCCUAGAAGAUUUGCAUGCGUGUAAUCAAAGGACCAGUAUCGUGCAUGCCAAAGCAAUCUUGGAAGAGGUCUGGUCGAGGAUGGAUGCAGCUGCACAUGGUGCUGAAGAUGACGCUUGGGAUUGGGAAAAUGUCAUGAAGGACUUGGACAUGGAUAUCAUGCUGUCAUGA